AUGCCUCCUUCUGCUCUCCCUCCGACGCCAGCGUCUUCGACCGAUAUCAAGGGCCAAGACGGAUCCAAGCAUCUGGCCGCCCUGCAGACGUCCUUUGAACUGCCCCCACCAGCUCUGGCUGCUGCGAGCGGCGACGCAUCUUCACCAGCAGCAUCGCCCACCGAUGCGACCGUACACCCGUCUGCCGACAUGGAAAAGAUGUCGCCGCCCGUCGUCCCGGAAUAUCCCGUGCAGGCCGCCGAGGCCGUCAAGUCCCGCCGCAGAUCGGCAGCAGCAGCGGCUGCCAAGAACGCCUUUGCCCUGCCACCGCCGCCCACUCGAUCCCGGAAGAUCAUACAGAUGAAGCCGCGUUCGGCUUCCAUAACGGGUGGUGUUGGGAUUUCUGCCGUCCCGCCAGAGGAGUUGCGAGCGGCAGAGACGAGCAGCAGUGCUGCGACAGUGACGGGAGCUGGUGCUGCUGCCACUCCUACCACUGCUUCUACGGCUACUGCAGCUGCUGCAGCCACUGUCACUGCUACUACAGCUGUGACCACCUCGGCAACGGCUGCAGCCAACAAGAGGAAGCCGCCGUCAUCUACCAGUGCCGCCGGCCGCAAGAUUGCACGCAAGACGGCCCACAGCCUCAUCGAGAGACGGCGACGGUCCAAGAUGAACGAGGAGUUUGCCGUGCUCAAGAACAUGAUCCCCGCGUGCACGGGCGAGAUGCACAAGCUGGCCAUUCUCCAGGCCUCCAUCGAGUACGUCCGCUACCUGGAAGACUGUGUGGCCUCGCUCAAGGCCCAUCAUGAGGGCGGGAAGCAGCAGCAACAGCAACAACUCCAUACGUCCUCGUCUCCCGUUCGCAGCCAGUACGAUCCGGCUCAUCACUACCCGACAGCCUCCAAGGAGGAAUCCACGUCGCCUGACGUCGAGAUGGAUGAUGCCAUUGGCCAAGAUGCCGCCUACGACGAUGGCUUAGAAGGCGAUGACGGCGAUGACGUUGACGUAAACCUGUCGUCACCUACUUGGGAUGCCACCCAGCCGUCGUCAUCACAUUCCACAGUGCACCAGCCGUCCGUCUCGCCUGUUUUGCUGGCCCAGGACGCGCAACGUCGCCCCCAACGUCAGGACUCGCUGUCAUCUACUGCCUCUGUGUCGGCAGCAGCCGCUGCAGCGGAAGCCGCGGCUAUCGAGCACCACCGGCACUACAGCUGCAGCGCAUCCACGCAGGCGUCGCCGGCGUUUGGCCCUCAACCUUCUUACCUGUAUUCUGCCACCACCGCCUCAGUGGCUGGUCUGACGUUGACGAGCCCGGCUCUGCUGCCGCAGCGGGACUUGGACCAGGAAGCAACAGCAGCUCUGCUGAUGCUAAACAGCGAUCGGCGUGGAUCAGUAGUCAGCAACGGCAAUAACGCGUCCAGCCGGGCAAGUGUCUCUGAUGUGAGCCGCAACAGCACCGUCCUAGAUGACCUGUCAUCAUACCAGGACGUGUUUAGCUUGGACCAACAGGUGAAAUCGAUCGUGGAGGACGAGUCCAUGUUCGGCACGGUAGAGGGACAGAUAAACCUGGACUUCGCCAAGCCUGAUGUCGUUAAAUUGAUUAUUCGUGUGGCUGUUGUGCUGACAGCCAAAUUCGCGAAUCCAACCACGCGAAGAUCUCGGGAAUCGAUGGAAGCAGCUGAGAGAAUGGGGAAAGUCAUUGCGGCGGUCGCUAUGACAGCCGCUGAUCUUACAAACGAAACUCCGACCGCCUCGGCAUUCUUCUGUGCGUACGCCGUCACCAGGGCGGCCGUGAUUUCUGUCAGCGUCCGGGAUUCCAGCGUACCUCCGAUUACGGCACAUGCAGUUGGCAAUGCGGCGCUACAGGCUGACUACUUGCGCCACUGCUUCAAAACAGACAGCAGCAGAUGUGGUGAGGGCCGCGGCAUCUUUGGCACUUUCGGCGGCAGACAUGACAGGUGCGGCAGUAAGGGCAGAGGCGAUGACCGCCCCGUGCAUUUCCCAGACCGUCUGGAGACCGUGACGGUGGCGACAAUGACUGUCACAGAGACAGUGACGGUGACGACGGCAGCAGCAGCAAACGGCCGAGCCGUGCAAGACUUCACUAAUGUAGUCGAAAACGUUCGAAUUCUAAGGAAGGAGAGGCUCGGUAACGACAACAUCAGACAGAUCCGAGCAGAGACAAAACUCAACGAGGAUAUUUCUACCGGCAUUCUAGACGCGGAGUUCGCCAAAAUGCUAAUCAACACUGAACAUCACGGCUACUGA